AAAUGGAUAAAUUUGAGCUUCCAUUGUGCUGUCUUAGUUUGUGCAAAGCGAGAGCUAGAUGGUAUUACCCUCAGUCAAAAGAGUACUUAUGAGAAAGCUGUCAGACUUCUAACUACUUUAACCACGAAGUAGUAGGUCUUAUCAACCCAAAGGCAAUCACACAAUGAAUUAAUCAAGUCGAGUACAAAGUCUCCGAAAUCUCAGGCGAGAUGACCCACAAGCCAAGUCUUGGCGAGAAGUGGAAGGAAUGGAGUCCUACUUUGCAAGAGUUCGCCACUGCGGUCAAGCAAAUCAAGGAGGAGUUCUUUCAGCUUGCUAGGCAGAAGAAAUGGGACAAGACUCAGCAAAUCUGGAAUAAGAUACAGGUGCUCAGGACUGAGUGGAAGGACAGUAAGAUACUCAAUUUGUAUCUUCAUUAUGUGUCAGAGGAGAAGGAAAGACAGAGACAGAAAGGCAUGCUUGCUGAGCCUGACCUUCUUGAGAGGAAUCAUGAACUGGAGACUAAGCUAGCCCUGGCGAUUAAAGAUAUUAGAGAGAAAAAUAGACAAUUUAACACUUUUAGGGAUGAAACCCAAGUCAAGAUUGAUGAACUUGAGGAAGCUAAACAAGCUAAACAGAGUCUUAUUACUCAGCAUGAGGAGGACGAGAGAAGUAUCCAUCAACUCCAAGAUGAGCUCCAACAAAUAAAACUUGAAAAGGAUCAGAUUCAACAGAAUAUUUUGGAAAAAGACAAAAUCAUUAAAAUGAAAGGAAAAGAGAUCCAGUUGCUCAAAAACAAGGUAAAAGAUAUGAACAAGUGCUAUGCAGAUAUGAAGAAGUCUAAUGAAACACUUGCUCAAAGUAUUGGGCUUGUACAGAACUCAGUUGAUGGCCUCAAAGAAAACGAGAUAAAGUCAUUAACGAAGAAAUUAUUAGAGAAGAUGAAAAUAUCUGAUGAUACAUUUAAAACAUUACUACAGACUUAUCAUAAGAAAACAGAUCAAGAGUUUAAGAAAGAAAUAAAUUCCCUAGAUGCUAAUAUCAGAAGCUUUAGUGACGAAAAGUUCAAAGAUAUGGCUUUAGAGUCUCGUGCUAUUAUCGAGAACUUGAAUAAAGUUGAGAACAGAGUUAUUGAUAAAGUAUCUGAUGAUUUUGAUGCCAUAAAAAAUCUCCACAAAGUGGAUCAAAAAGUGAGCAAUGAACAGAUGUACUGUAUAAUCUCAAGACUAUUCCCAGGCAUGCUCGAAUACGACCAGUUCUCUAAAAUGGAUGACACUCAACUUGGAGGCUUUAUAAGUUGCUGGCUUAACUCUAAAGUUGUCCUCGACUUGUCUAAAGAAUCAGACCUUAUGGUUUUUCAGACCUUGCAGAAUAUCACGCUGAAAAAUGCUAAGGAUAUUACUCUCAAAAAUAUCAACUUAGUCGAUAAAGACGAGAUCUUUAAAUUCUUCGAAAGUUCAAUCCCACAGAAAAUUGAGUCAUUAAGAUUUUCCCCAAAUCCUGAAGAGCGUUGUAUAAGUGACUAUAUUGAAGAACUUUGUAAACUGAAGCCAAAGAUAGAAAAGAAGCUUUAUGUAGAAGAGUGUAAACUAACAGAUGAAGAAAAGGAAAAGCUUCAAACUGAAUUUGGAUAUAUUCUUGAAACCGCAGAUAAAAAAUUAAAAACUGCCAAUAAGUCUAUAAAAGAUAGGUUUAUGAGUUGCUUUGAAGAGAUGAAAUCAAUACAAAUGGAGGUGAUUGAAAGAUCAAGAAUGCAUGAGGAACACUCCGAAAUGCGUAAAGCCCGAAAGAAGAUCGAAAUGGCUUAUUGGAUGGCUGAAGAAAUGCCAAAGUCAAUUGAGAUGUGUGAGCAUAGAAUUCAGAAGUGUUUAUCAUGCUUUGAAGAGUUAAUGAGUGAAGGAAAAGAAUAGUAGAAGAUAUGGUGGUUGAAAUUAGGUGUUAAAAUUGAUGAUGAUAAAAUUUGGAAUGAUAUUU